AUGGUGGACAAGGAUAUGUGUGAAAUAAAUGCCUUGCGGAAAGUGUUCCCAGAGUCAGAUAUCUUGCUGUGUUGGUAUGCUCAUGUUAUGCAAGCUAUUGUCCGUUGGCUUUCAAAGACAGACUCUGGAAUCAGUGGACCAUCAAAUACUGAUGUCAGAUCAGAAAUAAUUUCCUUCAUCAGAAAGAUGAAGCUUUGUGCAACACUUCAAGAUUUUAAGUCAGCUGCUGAGCAAUUCCUAAAGAGGUUUGAAGAUUUCCCAGCUCUUUGCUCAUACUUCAAGGAUCACUGGCUGGAAAUAGGACACACAUGGUCUGACUUUGGACGGUGCUACAACCAUGCCGACUCCGAUACAAACAAUCUUGUUGAAAGAUUUUUCCAUCGCCUAAAAUAUCAGUUUUUGGGUGGCAUAAGGAACCGUAGACUGGAUGAUCUUAUCAGCAUUCUCGUCAAGAAGACAGAUGGAUACUUCCAGGUCAUUCAUGAUUUACAGGCAGUUGGAAGAAUGAAAAAUGCCUCUUUGAAGUCAGGAGAAAUACUUAAGUCAGCCUCUAGAUUGGUGGAAAAAGGUUGGCAAGAUAGCAUUAAUCUUAUAUCCCACGACUCAUACCUUUAUGAAGUUCCAUCAGAACAAACCCCUGGUCUAUCCUACAAAGUUUGUCCAUCUGAAAGUUUUUGUAGCUGCCCAAUAGGACUCAGAGGACAUGAUCAAAUAGACGCACAUGCUAGUGUAAUUAAACAAAAGAAGCUUCACUCCAUUCUUUCAGCUCGAGUGACCGUGUACUUUCUUUUGGAGCCUGGCACUGACAGCCUUCCCAGAACUGUAUAG